UUUGAACUCCAUUAAUUAAUUAAUUAAUUAAGAAAUGGUGACCAAUCACGAAGAAGAAGCAUACGAGGAGGAGGAGGAGGAUCAGACGACAACGGAGGGAUUGAAUCCACCGUCGAAUCCGUCGAGCCCACGCGCUCGAACCGACGAUAAUUACAAUCUCGUCGAAUCGAUCGUCGCCGUUAUUCAAUCCGUUAAAGCCAUCGGGGAAUACAGAAAAACUCAGAGGAAGGAGUGCAAAAAUCUCGUCAGGAGGCUCAAGCUCUUCCUGCCAUUUCUGGACGAAAUCAGAGACUUCGAAACGACGUCGUUUCCCAAUUCCGCAGUCGUUUGUCUAAAGAAGCUGAAGAAGGCUGUUGAAUCUGCCAAAAAACUCCUCAAACUCUGCCACCGUGGCAGCAAGAUUUACCUGGCAUUGGAAAGUGAAGCGAUGAUGGUGAGAUUUCAUGGUGUGUAUGAUCAUAUAAGCCAAGCUGUUGAAGGAAUGCCUUAUGAAGAGCUUCGAAUAUCCGAAGAAGAGAAAGAACAGGUGGAAUUGCUGUGCGUGCAGCUAAGAAGAGCGAAAAGAAGAACCGACACACAAGACAUGGAGCUAACGAUGGAUUUGAUGGUGGCUUUAUCGACAAACAACGACAGAAACGCAGAUAUAGCAAGUGUCGAGAGGCUAGCGAAUAAGCUGUCGUUGCAUACUUGCGAGGAUUUAAAACAAGAAACAUUAGCCAUUCGAAAACUCGUUAAGGAGAGACGAGGCCUUAGCCCCGAGAGCACGCAGCAAAUCGUUAAUCUUCUAAACAAGUUCAAAGGACUAGCCGGUCUUGAAGAAAACGGGAUUUGUGACGAACCCGAUGAGCCUAAAUCUCUUACUAAAAGCAUUUCGAUUUCCGUUCCCAAUGAGUUUUUGUGUCCUAUCACAUUGGAGAUCAUGACGGAUCCCGUUAUUGUUGCAACUGGACAGACAUAUGAAAGAGAGAGCAUACAACAAUGGUUGGAUUCGAACCAUCAAACGUGUCCGAAAACAGGGCAAACCUUGGAGCACUUGUCCUUAGCGCCAAACUUCGCUCUCAAGAAUUUGAUUCUACAAUGGUGUGAGAAAAACAACUUCCAUCUUCCAAAGAAGGAGGUACUCACAAACGAAGAGACACACUCCACUAAAAACGAAGCAAAAAUCUUGACACUUGUCCAAAACUUGUCGUCGAGCAAAUUAGACGAACAAAGAAAAGCCGUUGAAAAGAUCCGUUUUUUAUCAAAAGAGAGCCCCGAAAAUCGAACUUUGAUUGCGAAUGCUGGUGGGAUCCAACUCCUCGUGCAGCUUUUAUCCUAUCCCGAUUCGAAAAUCCAAGAACAUUCCGUAACCGCCCUUUAUCUCUCGAUCGACGAUUGUAAUAAAAAGCUCGUGUCGAAAGAAGAACCGAUCCUGCUAUAUAGAAAUCCUGAAAAGGGGUCCAUCGGAGCUAAAGAAAAUUCAGCCGCAGCUUUGUUCAGCCUGUCAAUGCUGAACGAGAACAAGGUCAAAAUCGGAACUUUAGACGGGAUUCCGCCGUUGGUCGAAUUGCUAAAGACGGGUACAAUGAGAGGGAAGAAAGACGCUAUAACCGCCUUAUUCAAUCUAUGCCUCAACCCCGCUAAUAAAACCCGAGCCAUCGAAGCUGGAAUCGUGGGGCCGUUGCUGAAAGUGCUUGUCGAUGAAAAGCUGGAAAUGGUUAACGAGACACUUUCGAUACUACUGAUUCUCGCAUCGUGCGCCGAAGGGAGGAAGGAGUUAGGGCAGCUUCAAUUUAUAGAAACGCUCGUGAGUUUGAUAAGAGAAGGGACGCCGAAGAAUAAGGAGUGCGCGACCGCGGUUUUGUUGGAGCUCGGAUCUAAUAAUCGAAACCUUAUUCUUGCAGCAUUGCAGUAUGGUGUGUAUGAACAUUUGGUUGAGGUUUCCAAGAAUGGAACUGAGAGAGGUCAGAGGAAAGCUGAGUCAAUGAUUAGGUUGAUGAGUCAGGCUCAACAAAUUCCAUGAUACUAUGUUAAAGAAAAAAAAAGAGAGAGACAACCUUUGUAAAUAGAAACACAAUGUAAAUUGUCUGUCAAGAAGAAACACAUGUAAUUGUAUAUUUUUCUGUGUUGUGUUAUUUCUCAGGAAUCUUUUUUUCUUUUUU